AUGAUGGCUGCACGGGCUGGAGCGCGGAACGAGAAGCUGCGCCUGCUCUCUGUGCCUUCCCCGUCAGAGCGGUCCGGGCAGCCGGGGGCUUGGUGGGCGCACUCUCCCCAGGUUAAGUAUGUAACCUUGAAGGCAGGCUAUAAGGUUGGCUCUUACUUGAAAUCUCCAAAAUUCCCUAUUUGGAUUGUUGGCAGUGAAACUCACCUCACCGUAUUUUUUGCCAAGGAUAUGGCUUUAGUUGCCCCUGAGGCUCCUUCAGAACAAGCCAGAAGAGUUUUUCAAACUUAUGAUCCAGAAGAUAAUGGAUUCAUACCUGACUCACUUCUAGAAGAUGUGAUGAAAGCAUUGGACCUCGUUUCAGAUCCUGAAUAUAUAAAUCUCAUGAAGAAUAAAUUAGAUCCAGAAGGAUUAGGAAUCAUAUUAUUGGGUCCAUUUCUUCAAGAAUUUUUUCCUGAUCAGGGUUCCAGUGGUCCAGAGUCUUUUACUGUCUACCACUACAAUGGAUUGAAACAGUCAAAUUACAAUGAAAAGGUAAUGUAUGUGGAAGGAACCGCAGUUGUUAUGGGGUUUGAAGACCCCCUGCUACAGACAGAUGACACGCCCAUUAAACGCUGUCUCCAAACCAAAUGGCCAUACAUUGAAUUACUCUGGACCACAGAUCGCUCUCCUUCACUAAACUGAUUUGCCUAAGUAUUUAUAAAGAAGAUUGCAAUAGCAGAUGUUGAAAAAAGGAUGCAAGACUGGCAAGUGACCCAGUGAAGCUAUACACUGGUAUCACCGAUAAACUGUAAAUAACAAUUAAAGACACAUUUUCAGUGUUUAAGAUAUGUUUAAAUUAUUUGUUUUAAAGCUUUAUGUUAAAGGUUACCCUAUUUAAAUUCUUUAUGUGAAAUUUACUAGCAAAACUAAGCUUUAAUCAAAGUUCAUCACUGUUGCAGUCAGAUAAUUUGGUCAUUUGCCAAAUUACAGACAUUAUAUUACAAUAGCAUUUUUAUAUUGAGUAUCAAGGUUACUAUUUAUAGACUUCUACUUUGGGAUUUUAUUUCAUUCAGGCACCAUUUAUUGUUUAAGUGAUUCUGGCAUGCAAUACAUCAGCCUCCACAUUGAAAUGCAAAAGAGUUUUUACCUUCAUUAUUUCUAAAAUUUGGUUUCCAUUAGAAAUAUUGAUAAAUAACAAAUUAUCAACCUGGAUCUUUGACAAUUGGCUUAGCUCUGGCAUGUGUAUAAAAAGUAGAAACUAUAAGGGAACAUUACCAUUUAGUCACAGAUAUAUAGAGGAUGUAUUUUAAAAAAUGAUAGGAAAGAAAAUCUGUUUGAUAGUCUUAACACUGUUAACUUUCACUGUAUUGCCAAUUACACAUUUCCAAAUUUGUCCCAACAGCCCUGUAAGCCAGCUUUCUUGUAUAUUUAUAAAUGUGAUAAAUGCAUGAGAACAUCUGUUA